GGGGGCGGAGUUGCGUAUAGUAAGGCCCUCCCCGCUGUCUGUUCUCUAACCAAUCGGCUCUAGGCGGGUCAAACUCCCGCCAAUGUAUAAACCGCGCAGUCUGAGGAGAGCGGGAGUUCGGUGCACGCUUCCACCGUCAAGGCGCGUUUGUCACACAGAAAAACCGGAACCGCCACAGAACAGCCGCCAUCAUGUGGAUCCAGGUGCGCACCAUGGACGGCCGGGAGACUCACCGCAUUGACUCCCUGUCUAAGCUGACCAAGGUGGAGGAGCUGCGGGAGCGCAUCCAUGAGGUGUUCGGGGUGGAGCAGGACCGCCAGCGGCUCUUCUACCGGGGGAAGCAGAUGGAGGACGGACACACGCUCUUUGAUUACAGCCUUGGCCUCAAUGACAUCGUGCAGCUGCUGGUCCGCCAGCUCCCGCCUCCCCCGGGGCCUGCUCCGGUCACCGCGGAGGACACCGACGACACCCACAUGUCCGAGACUGAUCCCGAAGAGCUGCGGCCGGAGGAGGAGCAGCCGCCCGCCGAGCCCCCCGCCCGCGGCCUGUACCGGGUGAAGGAGCUGGUGGACGCCCGGGACCUGCACAUGGGCGCCUGGUUCGAGGCUGAGGUGGUCAGUGUGACCCAGGGAACCCCCGCCGAUGACGUCAUCUACCACAUAACGUACGAGGACUAUCCUGAUCAGGGGGUGGUGCAGCUGACGGGCAAAGAUGUCAGACCCCGGGCCAGGACCAAGUUAUCCUGGGAGGACCUGCGUGCUGGACUAGUGGUCAUGGUCAACUACAACCCGGAUGACCACAAGGAGAGGGGCUACUGGUACGACGCCGAGAUCCUCCGAAAAGAAGAGGGCAAAGCCUGCAAAGAGCUGUACGCCAAGCUGUUACUGGAGGGCACAGGGGGCGCCACAGAUGAAUGCAAAAUCCUGUUCGUGGAUGAGGUGUUUAAAAUCGAGUUGCCCGGUACCCCAGUCCCUGCUGAGACCCUGCCCCCGAAGGAGUCUCCCCAAAAGCCCAAGACUGGUCCACAGUGCAAGCUCUGCAAGGAUGACCCCAAAACAAAGUGCCGCAUGUGCGCCUGCCACGUCUGCGGGGGCAAACAGGACCCUGAGAAGCAGCUGCUGUGUGACGAGUGCAACAUGGCCUUCCACAUCUACUGUCUUCACCCUCCACUGUCCGCCCUGCCCGAUGUUGAUGACUGGUACUGCUCGAACUGUAGGAACGAUACCAGCGAGGUGGUGCUGGCCGGUGAGAAGCUGAAGGAGAGCAAGAAGAAAGCCAAGAUGGCAUCUGCCAGUUCAUCCUCUCAGAGAGACUGGGGUAAAGGCAUGGCAUGUGUCGGGCGCUCCAGAGAAUGCACAAUUGUUCCGUCCAAUCACUAUGGCCCGAUACCCGGCGUACCCGUUGGCACCAUGUGGAAGUUCAGGGUGCAGGUCAGCGAGGCGGGGGUGCACCGGCCUCAUGUGGCCGGCAUCCACGGAAGAAGCAAUGAUGGCUCCUAUUCUUUGGUGCUGGCGGGAGGUUAUGAGGAUGAUGCCGACGAUGGGACUGAGUUUACCUACACUGGGAGCGGAGGUCGUGACCUCUCGGGGAACAAGCGGACGGCGGAGCAGUCAUGUGACCAGAAGCUCACCAACACGAAUCGGGCCCUGGCCCUCAACUGCAGUGCCCCCAUCAAUGACAAGCAAGGGGCUGAAGCUAAAGACUGGAAAGCGGGUAAACCCGUGCGUGUUGUGCGCAAUGCCAAGGGGCGGAAACACAGCAAAUACGCCCCAGAGGACGGCAACCGGUACGACGGCAUCUACAAGGUGGUGAAGUACUGGCCUGAGCAGGGCAAAUCCGGCUUCCUCAUUUGGCGCUACCUGCUGAGGAGAGAUGAUGAAGAGCCGGCACCAUGGACCAAGGAGGGUAAAGAGCGCACAAAGAAACUAGGCCUCACCAUGAAGUACCCUGCGGGUUACUUAGAAUCCGUUGCCAACAAGGAGAGAGAGAAGGAAAACAUAGAUUCGGAUGAACUGGAAACUCCGGUCAAAGGAAAGAGAAAAAGGAAAUCGGUCAUUGAGGAUGAUGAUGAUGAUAAAGAGGACGACGAGGGAACGCCUAAGAAGACUAAAACCGAACUGGAGUACGACCUGACCCCGGAGCAGAAGGAGCUGAUUGAAAAAGACGAGAUGAAUGUCAAGUUGUGGAAUGAAGUGAUGACGCACCUCCAGGAGGGUGCAAUAUUCAUCAAUAAGGUGGAGGAGACCUUCCUGUGUAUCUGCUGCCAGGAGGUGGUGUACGAGCCCAUCACCACCGAGUGUCUGCACAACAUCUGCAAGAGCUGCCUCGACCGCUCCUUCAAAGCCUCCGUGUACAACUGUCCGGCCUGCAGGCACGACCUGGGCAAAAACCACAACAUGCAUGUGAACAAGCCCCUGCAGACCCUUCUCAGCCAGCUCUUCCCCGGCUACGAGAGGGGACGGUAAUUCCUGCUCAGUCACUGUGUCUUACUUUCCCUUCUUUGAGCAGAUAACGCUCUGUCCUUUUACGACCCUAUAAGAGAUCAGAGGCCACAAUGGACGCUCCAUUCAUCUCAGGAACUCUGAAAUGACAACCUACUAGCAUGCCCCUGUGUCUACCUGUAUGUGGGUGUGAGGCUACGCUCUCCAUGUGCGGUUCUCUAAUCCUGGGAUAGACAUCAAAUCUGCAUCUUGAAGACAUGGACAUCUGAGACCAAGUCCCAUAUUACAGGGGUAUUCCUAUCUCAUAUUGCUGGGAUAUGCCAUCACGAUGGGGGGUGACCUCUGGGACUUCCAAUCAUCUUGAAAACAAAGACAGCAGAGCUGGUUUAAUGCUACGUCCCAGUCUGUUGUACCCCCGCCAUCCGGGGACCUGCAGCCAGCUUAGAUGCCACACUGCUACAGGGCUCUGCACAGGAGCACUGCUGUCCACGGGAGCAAUUAAAGGUGUAGAGCUCCUGCCCCUUCAUUUUCAGUCAGUGGGUUCCUAGAGGUUGACAUGUUAAUAUUCCAGUUAGAAUCAGGGGGGUGAAUACUUCCAGUGCUGCUGUUAAAAGAGAACCUGUGUCUGAUAGAGGAGCGACGUAGAAAUACAGGUUUGUGUGAAAAGAUUCAUUAUAACUAGAGAUGAGCGAAUGUCAUAUUUUGACAUUUGUUCACGCUUUGUUUGUUGAAGGUGAAUUGCGUUAUGGAUUCCGUCACCACUGACCAUAACGCAAUU